UUUAAUGGAUUCACCAUAUUUACUAUUAUAGAGGACAAAUCAAAAAUUUGGACUCAUUUUAAUGUAAAUAAUGGAAUAGCUACCUGUAAAGAAUGCGAUCAAACGUGCCCUCAAGCUUAUGUGGUAAAAGACAAUGGACCUAUAAUAAAGUUAAAGGCACAUCUUGAAAAGCAUGGCAUUAAUAUACAAAAUGUGCUAAAUUGUGAUGGAUUACCAAAACGAAGGAAAUCACUAGCCUGGAAUUAUUUUAAUGCGGAGAAUGGUAUGGCUCAAUGUAAUAUAUGCUCAACGAGAUAUAAAACUUAUUUGGGAUGCACGACUGCUUUAAAGAAACAUCUUAAAAAUGCCCAUCAAAUUCAUGUCCCUAAUGUGAAAGAAAAUAAAGGAAUACAAAUACGUAAUUUAAAUUUUUAA